AUGAACGAGCAGGGACGCCCUCCUCCUCCUCCUGGCCGCGAUGGCAAUCGGGAUGGCAAACGUGACGGCGGAAACACCGCGCCGCGCCGCCGGAAGGAAGCCUGGCGCAUGAAACGCCGCCAAAAUGCUGCCCACGCUGCUGCCGAGCAUGACGCCCGCCUCGCUGAGCUAAUGGCGCGCGCGAUUCAACAACAGGUCGAUCAAGAGCGCAUCCAACCCUCCCCCGCUCGUGACGAACGAAUCGCCGUGCUAACUUACCACGCGGUCAGAGCCCAAUUGAAUCAGGAGUUCAAUGCACGCGGUGACUCGGCCCGUGGGCGUCGGGCCCGGAACUGGAGACUUGGCCGUGGUGAUAUCAGGGGCCGCAAUGGCCGCAGUGAUCGCAGUGAUCGCAGUGGUCUUGGUGGUCUCGGCGGUCGUAGCCACCGUGGCAGUCGCGGCGGUGGUGCUGAUGCUACUCAAGGAGGUGGUCGUGGUGGUCGUGGUGGUCGUGGUAGUCAUGAUGGACGUGAGCCUAGCAGUGGUCAUGGCGCUGCCCACAGCGGCGCUGGAGCGGGUGAUGCGAGCCAGCAAAACCUCCCCACCCAGCAACAAGUCCACGGGCCCUCCCAGGUUUAUGGACCCCAGUAUUGGACAAGACUUCACACUAUCCAGGCGGAUAUGGCAGGUCAGAACAAUUUCCUCCUAUUACUCUACCCACUCCUAUUAACCCCCAAUGCUUUGCCAGCGAUCCUGACCCCGGGGCCCCGGGGCCGUUCCUGGUCGAUGGCCAUUCCCCCAUUCCCGUAUUCUCAUCAUGCCUUGAUCAAUCUCGAUACUGGAAUUAUACUAACCGUCACAUGUAUAGGCGCUAACUUUCCCACCGGAGGGGCUGGCUCUGCGCCGUAA